AUGGCGUCCGAGUCCAAGCCCCAAUUCCCACUCGCCAACCAGACCCAAGACGGCUGGUCGACAGAAACCGAAGCAACGGCCACUUGUUUUUGCGGCGCCGUACAGCUUGUAUUUCCAACCCAAGGGCCCGGACUGGUCAAGACCUUCGUCUGCCACUGCACCGAUUGCCACAAGAUUACAGCCUCCAUGUUUGCCUCCAACUUUGUCGUCGACGACGCAUACCUGAAGCACGUCCGUGGCAAGGACAAGCUCAAAACCUGGAGUCAAAGCAAGACUAUCGCGUCGGGCAACACGAUGACUAAUUACUUCUGUUCAACAUGCGGCACGCUUAUGUACCGCGUGUCGUCCGGCUUUCCCGGAAAGAGCAUUACACGCAUUGGGACAAUUGAUGACUUCCACCUGAUUGAGAACAAGCUGGCACCGACAAUUGAGCAAUUCGUCAAGUCGAGGGUGAGCUGGCUUUCGGAUGUCAAGAGAGCGCAACAAUUUGAGAAUUCUGGAAUCUGA